UGGCUAUCGUCUGCUGCAAACUGAAGUGCGCAUGCCCAUAUUGGUCCAGUCAAUCCCUUCAUUCAACGGCGGGUAGUGGCAACUUGUUCGGUAUAUCGUGGAACAGUUGAUAGCGAUUUCGCUCCACAUUUGACAGCAUUAUUGGCGGUGCGUUUAACGUAAACAGUUGAUUAUUUGACAGCUCUUUUGCAAAAGGAUAAUGUUACAGUUAUAGAAUCAUUAUUAUACGUUAAUUAUUAAUUGAGAGAUUAUUUUAAAAGCUUGACAAAUAUGUAAAUACAAUAAAUUUCGUUUAUUUAUAUAUCGUUUUCAAAAUAAGAAAAUGAAUCAGACUGAAGUGUUAAAAGUAUUUCAAGAGUGAUAUUUGAAAUACGAAAAAAAAUUUAUAAAGGAUAUAUACAUUAUAUUUAAAGAUAUAUUAUACAAGAGGAUCAUAGACAAUGAAUAUGGAAUUCAAAAUGUUGGAAUUAUCGUUUGCUUCCUUUUUUCUGCUAUGUCUUCUCAACUCUGCCCAUUCAUUUUUUCCAUUGGCAUCUGAAGGUACCUCAUCAGACUGUGAUAUAGACUGUGAUUCUGAAAUUGUUCCGGUGUGCGGCACUGACGGUCGGACGUACGACUCCCGGUGUGAAAUCGAGAAAGCCAAAUGCCAGGGACAUCCCGUGGAAUUUAGUCGCCGUGGGAGAUGCAGCGAGAAGGCAAGAUGCGAAGCCCAAAGAGCAAUAGCUUUAGAACAAGGCACAGGAAAAGGUCUUUUCGUGCCAGAAUGCAAGGAUGAUGGUACUUAUGCGGAAGUGCAAUGUCAUGUAUCUACUGGGUACUGUUGGUGCGUUGAUGAAUCUGGAAAACCCAUCAGAGGAUCAUCGAUUCAAAAUGCUCGACCCAACUGUGCCCAAAAAGGUAGAAGGACAAAUAGGAGGCGUUCUUCCCGGGGAAGAAAAAUAAAGAGAGGUUGUGCUAAUACUGACAGAGCCAGUUUCAAUGCCAAUCUUAUUGAUAUUUUUCAAUCUGAAUUUGAUCGUGUUCCACAUACGACGACACCUGCUCCUAUUGAAAACGAUCCGCUUCGUGAUACGUAUGAAAAGCAAGUAAUCCAGUGGAAGUUUGAUCAGUUAGAUGGAAACAAUGAUUCUUUUUUAAAGAAAAAAGAACUACGUGAUCUGCGGCGGAUGGCAAAAAGAAUCGUGAAGCCCAAGAUGUGUGCCAAAACCUUCGCCAAGUUUUGUGAUUUAGAUCAGGAUAAAAAAAUUUCAAGAUCUGAAUGGUCCGUUUGCGUGGGCGUCGAUAUAAACAUUUCUUUCCGAUUGUUUAUGUCUCUGAACUCAGAUGAACAGGUGAAUGCGGUGGCAGGAUUCCUGGAUGAUUCCCCCAAAUUGGAUGAAGAAGCAACAGAACCUUUGCCAGUCAAGUCAGACGAAUGGGAUAGAGAACAGCCAAUGCCCCGUCUUCGACAUGAUGGUCACCCCUCCAUUAAAGAGGACAUUGAUGAAGAGACCAAAGAGGAUACACAAGACUGCAAAUCAGUUAGGCGUACUGCGAUGGAAAGUCACAGGCAAGAUCCUGGUGCAGGUAUAUAUAUUCCAGAUUGCACACCGGAAGGCUUGUACGUGAGGGCACAGUGUCACAGAUCUCCCCCAUACUGUUGGUGUGUACAUCCAAGAACGGGGAAACCUAUCAAAGGCACGGCGACACAGGGAUACAAACCUGACUGUGAAGGUUUCCGAGGAGGGGCGAAAAAUUUCAAAGGAUGCCCAGUUCAUAAGAAACAAGAAUUUCUGGACGAACUGGUUCAAUCUUUUAUAAAAGAAAUGCAAGAGGAUGCUGCUAACAAGUCACUGAGUAUUGAUACACCCACUCCUGAAAAAGGUGCAAGAUGGAAGUUUGCUUCCAUCGAUGUAAACAACAACUCGGUGCUGGACAAGAGAGAGUGGAAAAUUUUCAAGAAAGAGUGGCGGUCAUUCCAGAAGGACAGCAAACAGAAGAAGCGCCUCAGGAAAUGCUGGAGAAAUCUUCCUCGUUUCUGCGACGAGAAUGACAACCAGAAAAUAACCAUGGAUGAAUGGCUUGCCUGCACCAGCAUUACCAGAGAUUACAAAGGAGCUACUCCUAGGCACCCCCCAAGAAAAGGCAAAAAUCCUUUUAGCACAAUACUGAAAAGUGAUUAGCGAAUUAAAAAGUUUGUUUCCUGCUAAAACUAUGUUUUUUCGGACACAAAUACCAUGGAUAUACGUCAGAUUUAUACAUAAUAAGUCAUUUUAUCGCCCAGUGUGUAAAUUCAGUGUUUCUUUGUUUACUUUUUGCGUCUUAUUUAAUAACUAGAAAUGUUAUUUAUUUUCCAUAAAGAGUCCUUCACCAAAGUUCUCAUUUGCACUUGUGUGUUUCAAAUAAAUAAAAUUUGUUCUGGUCAGAAAGUGGACAAACUUUUGAAACUUUCUGUAAAAUGGUCAAGAGAUCUGUGGAUUUUGCAGAAGAGGAAAUCAUAUUGUCAAGCAAUUUCCUUUUAAUUCGAACUGGAUAUAUUAAACUACAAAUUAGUCUAAAAGCCUCGAAAAUAAUAGACUUAAAGAUAUGAAGAAUAUUUCCUAAAAACGUGGAACGAAUUUCAUAAUUGUAUAAACCACCGUUAAGGAAAUUUUCAUGAGGAGUUGAAAAACUAAAGACGGUUAAAAAUUUGAUCUUAAUCUUCGUCUGAGAAAGUUGAGUGAAAAACUUUAUCAAAAUAGUCUAGCAAAUAAAUAUUAAAAUUAUAGAAUGGAAGAUUAAAUAUGCAAGUCGUCUACAAACUUGAUUAUCUACAGAUUGUCUACAGAUUUUAUUAGUGAAAUAUCUACUUGUUGGCUAAAUGGAAAUAUACUAGCAAAAAUUGUGCUAAUCCAACUUUAUAAUACGGAAAAAAAUGUAAAUGACGUGCAACUCUUAUAAGAAAAAUAAGUACCUAGAAAAACAUAAAUGCUUUAGUGUGCUAAAGUACUAUGUACUUUAGUGUUAUGAGGUUAAAGUAUUCUAUACUUAAAACCCAUACCAUAAACAAAAGAUGUACUUUGAACAAAACUGCAUAUAGAUAAACUCUAUAUAGACAUUAGUUUUUCUUCGUGCAUCGCCAUAUGUUAUGUAUACGAUAUUUGUGUAUAUUAGUAAUAGAUUGUGAAUUAUGGAAAUGAAGUUGCAAUAUCAUGAGCAAGAAUUAUAGAUACUAAUAAUUAAGCUGAUAAUUAAUUCUGUUUUAAUUAUUAGUAUCAUAGAACUAUUGUAUCAUAUCACUUCAUCUGGUUGCUCCUAGUCUGCAAAAUAGCAGCCAGGAUGUAAUGCUAGUUGUUCUGAAUAAUUUCUAGUAGCAUUAUUAAGAAAUGAAAUAUUAAAAAGAAAAAAAUCUAAUGUAUUAUAUGUUAAGCACAAAUAAUUCUGUGGAUUUAUUUGUUUCAUAAUUUAAUUUAAAAUGCAUAAUAGUUGCUUUAAUAAAUGUGCCAACGUUAUCGUAAGUGUUAACAUUGUAGUGUUAGACCAAUCAGAAUUUGGAAAUUCUAACACGUGUAUAAUGUAUUGCCAUUAUAUCUUCCAAUACUGUAUUUCUGUUUUUAAUAUCAGAAAUUUUUGUAACGAAAUUAAUGUUAAUUGGCCCAAAUAAACUUUAAAAGCUCUUGUGAAAUUGUCGUGCGAAUCUUAAAAGUUUAAUUUGAAACUUUUUGACUUGGAUAGAUGUUAUAUAUAACACAUUUGCAUUUCUUUUUCUCAGAAUUAAACAAAUUUUCUUUUCAAAUUUAGAUUUGCACUAUAAAAAAUUCCGAAUCAAAUUACGGUAAAAAGUACUGACACUCAGGCUGCUGGAUCGUAAAACCCAUUUUUAAAAGAACAUGUUACCAAAAAUUCUGAUAUACCGUAAUUUUUACAGUAAUAAUUAACGGUAAUCUUACAUCUUACGGUAAUAUCUUACUGUAAAAUGGAUUUUACGGAUGAUGCACCCAAAGUGCUGGUACUUUAUACCGUAAUUUGAUCCAAAAUUUUUUUGCAGUGUGCCAUAUCGCGAAAUCAUCAACCUUUUAACUAUGAAUUUCAUCCAUAUUAUAAAAUUAAAUUUUUUAUAAUUUGAAUUUUUAUUACGGCGAAUUCACUCUAAAUUCUAAAAUUAAAAUACUUAAAAUUAAAUGAAUUGAAAUUGACUACAGAUUGUCUCCAGUUUAUUUUGUAUGGAGAUGAGCAGUUUUUGGACUCUUUAAUUAAAAAACUGAUUUAUUGAUGCAAUUAAAGUGACUUGAAAUAUUUUAUAUUAAUCAUUUUAACUUAAAUCAUGACUAUUUAAUUAACAUCGCAAUAUAUUUUUUAUAUGAUCUCUAUGACACAAUUUAAACUAAAUUUUGCAUCAUGCUUAAAUAACAUAAAUGUCAAUGUUUUUUAAGUAAGUAAAAUUAAAUUCUUUUCAAGUUUCAAAAUUUAUUCAUGUUUGAAUUUUUAUCAUUAUUUGUUUUUUAGCAUUCAUUAAUAAAGGUUUAUUACGAACUUAAUAACAUACUUUUCAAUUAAAACUACUAAAAGCGAUGAUGAUAAUUAGACAGUAAUGGAAUAUACAUAUAUCACAGGUUAUUAUUAUUUUAAAAAAAAAUCAAAAUCGUGUGUGGUUAUCAAACUUUGCAAAUUUCAAAAAAAAAUUAUAAUUUUACUUUUUUGACAAGAAAUUCAUGAACAAUGAUUUAUAAAUUCUUUGUUGUAUCGGUAUAUUUCUACGUUUUCUUAUCGAAGCAUGAUCGUUACAGUAAAAAAAAUUAUGAAAUUGGGACAUUAUUUUUUGAACGAAUAAUGGCGACGGUAGACACAGAUGAAGAGAGCAAGAUGCAACAUACAUAUUAGUGUGCUCUACUUUCCUCCAUCUCUACAUAGCGCCACCUUUUUUUUUCAUGCUGGAACUAUCGUUCUUACUUUUAUUUUCAUUUAAAAAUUUAAACAGUGAGAUUUUGAACAAUCAUUUAAUCCCUGUUCCUGAACGAAUAUCUUAUAACACCAUUAUGCAAAAUCUUAUUCAAUUUUCUCAUAGAGUACGUUCGAGAAUUAUUUUAUAGUCUGUUUGCAUGUUAGAGAAAACUUUUUCCCACAUCACUGUCCUACCCUUAAUAGUACUUAAAUACAAGUAAAUCAAAUUAACUUUACUGCGGAGUGACAUUUGGAGCACCUUCGUGUAAGUGUAAGUGAUACACAUAUUAAUUUGUUACAAAUCUUAAAGAUAAAGUAAAUAAAAUUCAUUAAUCAUUAACUGUUGUAUUUUCAAAUAGUGUUAAUCUUUUUUUGAAUUAACACAGAAUCAAUUUUAAUAUUACAUUUCUUUCACAAAAAAAAACUUUUUUUUAAAAUUACUUUUUGAUAUUUCAUUUCACUUAUUAGAAAUUUAUUAAAAAAAUAUUGGAUUAAAGAGAUUUUAUAAAUCUUUAGAUAUAGAACCAAAUGGUAAUCUUUGAUUUAGUUGUUUUUUCCCCCGACAAACUUGUUAUUUGAUGUAAGCAUGAAACUAUAUAACUAUUAUAACUGCAUAUUGUAUAUCUAAAUAUAUGUUUAUAAAUGCCAAACUGAUCUCUUGUUUGUCUUAUCAUGUGUUUGAUUUUUUUAGUGCCAUGAUAAAUAUAUAAUAAAAUUAAAUUUCUUUAUUUUA